AUGGCGCUCAUGAAGCUAAGUGACAGGACAUCUCUGCAGAUGAUGGCAGUUGGGAAGGAACAACAGUUGACCAAGAAAAACAAUGGCUUUCUCCAAAAUAUGGAUGUGGCUGAAGGUGCAAUGCAGAAGCAGAUCAGGUGGUCCUGGGGCCCGGGAAAGAGUCCAGUGUUCUCCCUCCAGAAAUGUUUAGGGCAGGCCUAUACUGUACUCCUAAAGCAUAAUAACAGCAUCUGUUUUGACUGUGUGGCUUACAGUUUGCUAAGGGAUUUUACCAAAAUGGACCACAUCUUGGACAGAUCAGAUGAUAAGGACAACGUUUUCUCCAAAAAGCCGCAAACCGACUUCCUUCAUGAGACAGAGACUACAAAAUGGAAUAUGUUGGAGCUGGAGGCUGAGCAUCACCAGGACCUACAGAAUGAACAGGAUGAACAAGAAACAAAUCAGGUUCAACAUGAGGAUCCUCAUGUAUCCACAUCUUUGCAGUUUUCCAAGGAGAACAUCCCUGAACUGAGUCAGGAGAACACUUUCUUCCAGCUAAACUACUGGAAUACACAGAUGGGUCUACAAGUGAAAGAACUUGGAGCUGAUCACAUAGGCUGGAUGGAGAAAAUCAACAAUAUUAUACAAAAAAUAAACCUAACAGAAAACACAAUGAAGAGCUUAUUAAAUGAGGUGAUGUCUCUGGAGGACCAAAUUGAAAAGCUGGAGUCACACCAAGACCUUGACCCUGAUCAGGGAGAAAACAUUGAGGAGAAGAUCAUGGAAAUUAAAAAGCAAAUAGAAGAAACAGAUAACAAAUAUGUCCAGGAAGAUGCUUGUAAUGAAGCUCAUGAAUUAAAGGAGAAACUCAUUGCAAGAAUAAAGAACUUUUACAAAGACAUGACUCUGCUGAGUACAAAGCUGGGAACGUACCAAGGGCAAGAAGGGAAAACAGACUUUCAGAGUCCUGAAGAAAUGGAUAUGGAAGAAAUUGAGCCCCAGCUUCCUGAGGCUCCACCACCCCCUUUAGCGCAGAACACUCCUGCCAGCAUUACAAUGUGGAAACAUGCACUGAGGAUUUUCAUCAUGUUUUAUGUCCUCAUCUUCACUGGACUUUCAUGUUACAUACUAUUUUUUGAUGCUACAUUUAUCUUUGAAAGCUUACUCCCAACAAUGCUUGGACACCGCAGAAUGUGGGAACUACGGGAGAUCAUUGCUCCUUUCUUGAACUUGGAAGUGGAAGACUUGUUACCCUCCUAAAGUUAUAGAAGUUACUGUUUCCCUACUGACUCUCUCCUUAAUAAAAUUCUGGCUGUUCUUGU